ACCGCGGAGUCACCGCGCGCCGCGCGCGACUGUCGCAAAAAUUCGCGCAACUGACGCCGGCGGAAAACAUACGCGCCUCUAGUGGAACCUUGCGCUCUUAUCUCAUCCUAGUGCCUUCAGUGAUUAGACUGUGACCAUCAAUACGUGUAUUAUAGACGUAUGCAAAUGACCAAGUAAAUUGCAACACGCCAUUUGUGACUCAAACUUAAGUGGCCAGUGACUUAACUAGUGCAAAAAGUUUACAUACUCGACUAAAGAAAAAAAAAACUGAAAUGAAUUCCGAAUUCGGAUUAUCUGUCAAAUUUUCCCGCGCGGCGUGAUCGAAAAUGUCAGUUAAAAACAAAAGUACAGUUCUGAAUCUGUUUCGUGCCAAGGUAGCUGUCAAAAAUGGACUUGACCACUCGUCGGGGGGACAUGUUGGAAGGUGCUGGGGACGUUUUGUCUUUAAAUGGGAAUGGGACUGACCAGGUGUGCCGGGACUUAGUGAAUGGAACGGAGAGCGGUUGUGACGUCAGCACCGUGACUGCGGAAGUGACGACAUCUAGGAAGACGAGCUCGUUUAGCAUCAGGAACCUCGUUGGGACGGGGGAGCCGGAUCGGCCGUCUGAUGGCGCGCCUAAUCCUAACGAUGAUUACUUCACCCAAAGCCAAGAGUACCAAAAGUACGCUGCCUCAAUGGGGGUGUCGGAAGCCCCUAAAGACGAUUCUCCUCGGACGACCCCCGAGUUGUCGCGAGCUGAUCAAUCCCCAUCAGAACGGCCUCCUCCAGGAUCCGCAGACAGUGAUGAUGCAGAUGAGUUCGCACCAAAAAGGAAACAAAGGAGAUAUAGAACCACGUUCACGAGUUUCCAGCUUGAAGAAUUGGAGAAGGCGUUCUCGAGGACUCAUUAUCCUGAUGUCUUUACGAGAGAGGAGCUGGCUAUGAAAAUCGGCCUAACGGAGGCAAGAAUACAGGUGUGGUUCCAAAACCGGCGUGCAAAAUGGCGAAAGCAGGAGAAAGUGGGUCCUCAGGCGCACCCCUACAACCCGUACCUAGGGGGGGCGGCGGGGGCACCCCCUCCCUCCGUUGUGGCUUCCAUGCCCAACCCAUUCUCACAGCUGGGCUUUGGGUUCAGGAAACCUUUCGAUACGAACGCCUUGGCGCAGUUCAGAUACGCUGGAGCACCAGUCCUGGGCGCGCAGUACCUUGGAGCUCCUCUCCCUCGACCGCCACUCUUCAGCGCUCCCCUAUACACUAGCAGUCCUCCCUUCCACUCCCUCCUAGCAGGCCUCGCGGCUCCACCCCGACAAUCCCCAGACCCACCCCCAGUCUCACCCCCAAUCUCCCCUGGAAGCGAAUCACCCCCAACCCAACCUUCAGCUCCAGAAAUAGAAAGAAGAAGCUCAAGUAUUGCUGCCCUCAGGAUGGCGGCGAGAGAACAUGAAUUGAGAUUAGAAAUUUUAAGACAGAGGCAUCAUACUGACUUGAUUAGUUGAACGUGCCUCGUCCAGUUUCGGAGAACUCGAAUCCGGUUUCCUAAUUGAAGCUUGAACCUUCGCCAAGGCUGGUUUAUGAACAAAUCUAGAUACGUUGAACGCUGGCACUUAUUUGUAAUAUGUCGGGAAUCAGGUUGUAAUGGAAGAAUUAAUUAUAACUGAAUUUUACUCACUUUUUGUCGCUACGGUUCAUUUUUGUAUCAAAUUUUUACGUCGCCAUUUUUUGCGUAAAUUCUUAGAAGUUUGAUUGUCCCUUGCGUUCUUGACAUUGUCAGAUAAAACUAUGAAAUGAGAAGACAGAAUUAAGUAUUUAAAAAGGCUAGUACAUAUAAAUACUGGGAACCAGUUAGAUAUCUUAAUUGUAAUUAAAAACUCGACUGGAAGACCUCUUGGAAUACUUCUUCAAGAUAAUGACAAAAAGUGACAACAAAAUUAAAUGGCUCUGGUACUUAGUUAUUUACAAUUAUACGUACUUAAUUAUUGAGUAAAUGAAACGAGUUCCAGUGAGUUAUAAAAUGUUUACGUAGGUAUACUAUAUUUUGGCUAAACGCCUUGUAAGAUAACUAUUGUAGUAAAGAAAUAGUACAUUUUAUUAUGUUAAUAUUAUAAUGUAAGGUGUAGUUACUUCAAAUCCGUCCAUUAUAGGCCUUAUUGUUAUUUAUUGUAGGAUAAGUAAUCUUAAGUUUUUCAAGUGAUCAUUAUAUAACUUAUAAGAAGACUCCAUGCCUUGUGCCUUAAUCGGAAGUGGCUCCCUCUUAAAAUGAUGGCGUAAUUAGACAAUUUCUUACAUGGUCGGCAAAGCACUCGUGAUGCCUCAGGUGUCGCAGGUGUACUUGGCUACGGAGACCAUUUACCAUCAGGCGGCCCGUAAGCUGUUACUUAUAAAAAAAAGUAUUAUUUUUCAUAUAAAUAUUAUCUAUUUAAAUCAUUGUUUUAUUUAUUCAUUACCUUCAGUACACAUGCAAAAUCUAUUUUAAAUACAGAAAUUAAAUCAAAAUGAGUCUGUCUACAACCACAUAAAUGACUUUAAUUCUUUUUUUAAAUUGUAUAAAAUCGUGUGGUACUUUUACAAGCAUAUGUUUUUUAAUACUUGGACUGUGUUUACGUGUGGUGUCGGUUGCCAUUUAUUUACUCAAAUGACUUUAAAAAUUGACACGUUCUUUUUUUUAAUUUCGUUUUAAAAAAGUUUUUUUUAAGUUGCACCAAAGAGUAUUGAAUGUAAACCACAAAGUUUUGGUUAAAGAGAAAUUUUUAAUAGCUGCACAAACCACAUUGUCUUCGCUUCUACUGUUUGUUAAAGGUUAAACAAAACGACAUUAUAUGAAUAAUCUUGUAUAAAAUAAAAGUAUU